AUGAGCAGGCCUGCUUGGUCUGCGAGGGAGGCAUUGGCGGCCUCGGCGGUGGCCAUCCUGCUUGGAGGCCUUGUUCUGAUGUCUUUGGUGGUAGAGAGGGGUGCGAGGACGCCAUCACCAGCUAGCGCGGCUGCAGUGGGUGGUAGAAGGAUGGUGAUCGGAGCCAAUAAUGGAAGGUUGGCUGAUCAGAGGAGGACAGUGGAGGACCUGAGGGAUGGUGAUGAUCCUUUGAGCAGCAGCAAGAGGAGGGUGCCCAAUGGACCGGAUCCAAUCCACAACAGUGUAAUUCACCUUGAACAACACUUACAUGGUGUUCCAACUCUUUCCCAGUUUCCCUUCACCUAUUUUCCAAAGGCUCACAGUUGUGCAUUCUUUCUUCCAGGGGAGCUGGAGAAUCAGGAAGCCCACCAGGACGAGCGUAGGAACGCCGCCCAAAGAAUGGAAGUUUCUGAAAUACUUGCUCUGGAUCUCUCUCUGCUCAUUGUGUUGCAGGGCUGUGUUUUGUGGUGGGUCUGGCUCCGGGAUGUCACGUUCUAA